CUUAACCACCCCACGUCACGUCAUCACGUAUCUCCGAUCUGGCGUUCCCUCUUUCGCUGCGGUGUCCGGAGUCUCUUUUCCGGCUCUUCUUUCGUGCAAUCCGUCAGCCUUCCUUCUUCGUCUCUUCUUGUGCUGCUCACUCGCUUCGAUCUGCAUUUCUAUCUUAUUUUGCUGCUCCCCUGGUUCGCUGUCUCGUCGUCAGGUUCAAUCUGCUCACCUGAGACUUCUAGAGGGCACAGAUCUGGAGACUAUCAAAUACACAGAGAUGGGUUGCAGAAGAAAAUUGUUCUCAGAUGACUCUUCUUCCUCUUCUUCACUGUGUGAGGCUUUGUUAUUUGCCACAUUGUGCAUCAUUGGCCUUCCUGUCGAUGUGUACGUUAAGGAUGGUUCUGUCUAUUCUGGAAUUUUCCACACUGCUUCUGUUGACAAGGAUUAUGGUAUCAUUUUGAAGAAAGCAAGGAUGACCAAGAAGGGAAAAGGUGACGCAAAUGUUGGAAAGGAGGGGUUAAUAGAUACUCUAGUAAUCCAAUCAGGUGACCUUGUGCAAGUUGUUGCCAAGGGUGUAAUGCUUCCCACAGAUGGUGUUAAUGGAAAUAUGACUGGUGAUGAUGAAGAGGCAGCUGAGCAUACUGCUUUUAAAGCAGAGAAACCAAAAGGGUCCCUAAAGGAUGAUAAAGUGCCCGUUAAUCAAUCAAGACAGGAUGGAGAUGACAUGGUGAAAAGGCACACUGGUGAUUGCAGAGAGAAGUUUGAGUUUGCUGAAGGCAAAAUUGUAGAAAAGGUUCAAGGCCAUUCUUUGUGCCCUGAAAUGGAUGCAUGUCCUGGACAAAUAGAGUUUGCUGAUCAUGGACAAGCAUACAUGACGUUGAAACCUUCUGGGAAUGGAUCAUACUGUGCUCCAGAAUCUGUCAAAGCUAAUGAUCAGCGUCUUGAGAAGUCUAAUUUAGCCAACUCUGCUGCUACUGAUACCACUAAAGUUGCGGAUCAUGUCUCAGGGUCGCGUAAUAUGUCACCAAAAUCUGUACCAAGUAGUACAGAAUCAAUGAAGAAUGCUAAGGAAUUCAAGCUGAACCCAGCUGCCAAAGUUUUCUCUCCAUCCUUUGUAAAUCCUACUUCAGUUACUCCUACUGGGCCAACUGUACCAGCAGUUGCAAACAUGGCUUACUUACCAAAUUCCUCUUCCGUUGUACCUAUUGGUGCUAUUCAAUCAGAAGUUGGAUUCAAUACUCUUUUGUCUCGGCCUUCUUUGCCUGUUAAAGUGGCUCAGUAUAGUAAUGUGACAGCUGGCAGUGGCUCUCAAUUCACCCAGCCUAUUUUUGAACAACUGACACAUCGGACACAACCACUGAGAUAUGCUGCACAUUAUAAUCCUGUUUUUUCUGAACCAACUUAUAUGCAACCAAGCUCUCCUGCUGUUGUGGUUGGGCGUUCAGGGCAGUUUGUCUAUGUCCAUCCUGUUACUCAUGAUCUGGUUCAUGGUGGUACGGCUAUCUCACCCGUCUCACCACGCACUGUGUUAAAUAUGAAUCAUGUUCAAUUUCCAAAGCAACAAGGAGGCACAGGGGGUCAAGUGAUGCCGCUUUGUGUUCCCUCGCCUGUCCUAGCAACUGGGCAGCAGCCCUUCGCAUUACAAAACCACAUUCCAGUUUUGCAACCUUCCCUUCCGGCAACUCGACCUGUUCCAGUCGUGGGGCCGAAUGGUUUCUACGGCACUAAAUUUUGAUGAAAAUUUGGAUUUUCUUUCGCUGUGUUAGUGAUCCUAUCACUUCCACUUAUUUGUUUCUUUUUAACUUUUUCUUUGAUUUAAGCUCUUCAUAGAUUCAAAUGUGGCUUCGUUCCUCCUCUUAUAGUAUCAAAUUUUGUUCCUUUCUUUCCACGUCCUCUCUUUAUUAGAAGUGUACAGUUUGCUUGUCCUAGCCAUAUUAUGAGAUAUAUUGUGAGAGGAAAAGCUGUAUUGAGGCCUGAAUUUAAGGGGUGAGGUUUUAAUUUGUCUAUGAAAUUGAGUAAAGCUUCUCCGUAUGACAUAACAUGUUUCCCAAUUGAAUUAGAAUGAGUCGAUCACAAACGAAA